AUGGUGGGUCCGGGUCGCCCGCAGUUCGUGCUAUUCGGGUCGUCCAUAGUUCAGAUGAGUUUCAACGUCGGAGGCUGGGGCGCCGUUCUCGCCGACCUUUACGCUCGCAAGGCUGAUGUGGUGCUAAGAGGAUACUCCGGUUGGAACACUAGGAUGGCUCUCGAAAUAUUGGAAAAAGUUUUCCCCAAGGAUGCAGCUAUUCAACCUUCUUUGGUUAUACUGUAUUUUGGUGGUAAUGAUGCAACGAACCCUCAUCCGAGCGGCCUCGGUUCUCACGUGCCUCUUUCUGAAUUUAUCGAUAAUAUGAAAAAGAUGAUUGUUCAUAUCAAGAGUCUUUCUGAUAAGACGCGGAUAAUAUGUCUGACAUCGCCUCCCGUUAAUGAAGCAAAAGUUCGCGAAAUUUUUGGGAACGGGCUUGAUGAUCAAGCCCGGACGAACGAGGGCUGCCGUAUAUAUUCAGAAGCUUUGGUAGAUUUGUGUCGGGAAAUGGAUGCUGAGGCCAUCAAUCUCUGGACAGCAAUCCAAGAAAGAAAUGAUUGGGCAAAUGCUUGCUUCAUAGAUGGAAUCCACUUGUCAUCCGAAGGUUGCAAAAUUGUGGUGAAGGAGAUUCUUAAGGUACUCAAAAAGGUCGAUUGGGAGCCGAGUCUGUAUUGGCUUACAAUGCCAACCGAAUUUCCCGAGAACUCACGGUAUUACGUAGUUGGCCCUGAUGGUAAAACCACACAUAAUGUUACCAGCCAUAUUUGUGCUUGGCAAAAGGAGUGGCUCAAUGUUUAA